AUGUUUGAGUCUGUAGUCGAAAAGCUACUAGACGUCUACCUCGCUCACUAUGUCGAGGGCAUAAAAGGGAAUUUACACUUGGCUGUCUGGUCUGGUAACGUCUCCCUGGACAAUCUUGAAAUAAAGAGGGACAUCGCGGAGCGGUUAUCACUUCCAGUUGAUCUUGUUUUUGGAAAGAUUGGGAGACUGAUGUUAAAAAUUCCCUGGGCCGGUCUAGGGUCAUCGCCCAUUCAGAUUGUUUUCGAGUCAGUUCACAUACUGCUGGCGUCAAAAUCAGCAGACAAGAGCGAUGACGAUCUACUAGCGGAGAUUAGGCAGGCAAAAGAAUACGCGGUAUCCCUGGUGGAGAAUGAGUAUAGAACAAUGGCUAUGGGAAACGAAGACCAAAUGGCUAAUUCUUCCUACUUAUUUCGAUUGGUGACAAAGAUACUCAACAAUAUCCAGAUUCACAUAAAGGACAUACACAUCCACUACGCCGACGAGCAGUUUUCAAUUGGAUUCAAGCUGAGAUCAUUGAGCAUAAGAAAGUGUUCUGAAUCCCAUUACAUUUACAACCAAUACGGCGAGUCCUAUCUGAUAACCCACUCUUGCGAGUUACUGGAGGCGUCCAUAUACUGCAGCUACGCCGAUGACUCUGGGGGAAACGGCAGGUCCCCCCUUGACAUAGUUGCCAGGGACGCUGGUAAAAGGGCACAAGAAUUUGACCUGAACGCACUAGAGCUGCAGGGCUACAGUCAUAAUACCGUAUUGAGUCCAUUGUCAAUGCGCCUCCAUGCGCAUAUAAACAGUUGGGACAAGACAGUGAUGGCUACGCUAGAAAUAGGCGAUUCUGCCAUGUUAACGUAUGGAGGCAACGUAAAGGAAGCUAACAGGAAGGAAGCUGACGGGACGGAAGGCAAUGGGAUCAACAUAACCCUCGCCGGGCAGAGCCUGUUAUCUCUCAUACGCAUCUCGAGUGCUAUAAAACGGCAGAGAAUAAGAAAGGCAAACUUAUUGUUAUCCCAGGUACAGCACGUUGCCUGCGACUCAGAAUCCCUGAAAACAGUAACAAAAAGCGAGUACAUUCGCCUACAAACGAUCGCUUUAAGAAAGGGAGAGAUGACUGAAGACGAGCGGGAGCGGCUCCAAAUGAUAUUUGACGUUGCGCCAAUACGUCACCUGGCCAAAUGGCGCGCAAGUUGCAAGAAAUCACUCGGGUCCACAGAAGGGGCAAGGCCUGGCGGAGAUGAGGGCGGGGGCGGAUUGUGGAACUGGGUCAAAGGGAAGACACAGGCGUUCAGCAGGAGCUCCAGGGGAGAGUACGAGUUCGGCGGAGUGACCCUAGACUGCGAGCAGAUGCAGGUGCUGCAGGAAGUGAUGAACGCAGACGAUUUGCUGCAAGAUACCCCCGCAAUGGGCAGUUUCAGCCUCUCCUUCACGUUGGGAUUCUGCAGCCUUUCCAUAAUCGGAGACGAUAUCACAGGCACAGACCUGACUUUGACCCUGAAGAACCUUCAUUCAAACCUCUUUGUCCAAUCAGCGAUAGACAGCAACGAGCUAGAGACAUACAACGUACACUCUCGUCUUCGGCUGUCACAAUUUAACUGCAUGUUUGAGCGGGAAACCAUGGUCAAGAUCGACGAAUGCACCGCACUCACGAGUAGACCCAUAGCAUCGUCGUGCCAGUUCGCCUCGCUCAACAGCCCCUUCGCCGAAUCGAAUCCCCAAAGCAACAAUGACGCCAUUCUUGUAGAGCUAGCGCAUAACGUAACCAAGGCCGGAAACGUGUUAUACCUGGGCGGACUCCUCUCCCCAGUAGAAGUAUUCGUCAUACCGCAGAAGGCGGCACGCCUACUGGCCUUUGUCCAGCACUUUUACAAUCUAGCGCAGUUGGAAGGCCAGCAAUACGGCGCCUUGAGUAAUUACGUGGGAAACGCCACCAACCCGCCAGACGAUCCUGUAGACGACGAGUCCUCCGCCCCCGCAACGACAUCGCUUACGCUGCCGGGGCUCUUCGCCUUCGACCUAAACGUUUCCGCGCCCAUAAUACACCUGCAAGGCGACGUCUCUACACAAAAUCCCACAGUAGAAGUACACCUCGGAAAGCUCAUUGCUAAAACCAACUCCGCCUGCGACAUAGACAACAUCUCAGGCAUAAUCGAACUCAGGGAAACCAAAAUAAUCUGCGCAAAGGGGGAAAAUUAUAUACACUUCCUGAAGCCGGUACCCGUAAAAAUACACUUUUCCGUAAUCAGGCGCGCAAGCGUUACGCUAGACAUCAUCAUGGAGGAGCUUUUUGUGCAGGUCAGCCCCCUUUCCGUCACGGCGCUCCUAGACGUACCCGUCGCCCUGGCCAGCGUAAAGCGCAUAGGGGGCCCCGCCUCGGAGGCGGAAGGCAGACCUGGCAAGUCCAGCCUGAUCACCGUGGCCCAGGCCAUGGCCCGCAGUCUGGCCCACGGCGAGCAGCCCGACGCAAGCACAAGCAGCGCCUCCUCCCUGGCCUGCUCGCUGCUCGUGCGCCACUCGGGCCUGGCCAUGUACAACUCCACGGGCGAAGAGGUCUUCGUGGCGGAGCUGAACAACGUCCUGGCCAAGCUCGACCACAACCCGGCCGCCCGGGCAGACAAAACCGCGCUCUACAUAGGACUGGAGGGGGCCUCCGUCCGAAACCCCCUCUCGGGCACCCUGCUAUUCGUCGUAGGGCAGCCCAAGCCCGCCCCGGGGGACCCUACGCACCUGCAGCUGCAGCUGCAACUGCAGCAUCCCCCCGCGCAGGACGGCGACGCCGCGCUGCAGAACACCGUCCGGACGGGGGUGGAAAGCCUGGACAGGGACGACGACUUUUUCGAAGACGCCAUUGAGGAGGACUACAAGUCUGUGGAGAUAGACAUCGCCCUGGGGGACGCCGCCAAGGUGGACGCCAGGCUCACCGAGGUGGAGGCCUGCUGGCAGUACCGGAGCGUCCGCAUGGUCUACGAGGCCGUGCAGGAGUACUGCGAAAUACUUCAGCGCACCCUGCCCAACCUGGGCGAGCGCCCCCCGCCAGAACAGGAGCCCCUCUCCCCCCCGCCGGAGCCCUCUCCCCUCGUACCCCCCUCGCACCCCGCCUUCGACCAGCUGGUUAGGGAGGGCAUAGACGCCCGCUCCAUGCCCUCCAUGCCAGAUGCGACCUCGGGCCCCCCGUUUGUCGAAAUAGCGCUCCGAGUCAACGAAGCCGCGAUUUCCUUCCUCCAGGACGACAACUCCUCCAUCGGCCGGCUGGCAGCGCAACACAUACGCUCAAAACUGUGCAGAAACCACAGCGGCGACUCCGAGAUACACUUGGAUGUGGAAAACGGAACGCUCCUGCUGGACGGGCGCUGCCUCCUCAAGGCCAUCACCCCCGAAAAGUCCAACAUUCUCGCCAUACACAUGCGCUUCUACGCCCAAAGCCAAGGCGAUGCGAAGCCCCCCCUGCCCUUUUCCGUCUGCAUACUGGCAAAUAUGUCCCAGGUCAACUUUAUCUACUACCAAAACGACCUUUCUAGACUUACAGACUACCUAAACGAUGGAAUACUCAACGUAUUCAUCUCCAACUCGUACAGAAAAGUGCUCACCGCCGCCUCCCGCAGGCACACACUUUUCAACCUGGCCAUAAAUAACUCCUCCAUAAUAGUGCCCAGGGACACGGACGCCCUGCACGGACGCCUCGGCGUCCGGCUUUCCCUUCCAAUUCGCCGCUAUGACACCACGGCCCUCGUCUUUUCCGUCGGCGCCCUCUCUGCCAAGAACUCCUACCCCGCCCCCUCGCCCCGCGCGGAGGGCGGGGGCGAGGGGGCGGGGGCCGAGUCCACGCCCAGGUGCACCCUCUCCCUGGACAUAUCCGGGCUAUCCGCCGGCCUCGCCGGCCCCUGCUGCGAAACACGUGCGGACAAAGAGGUCAGGUUCGACGUCCAGUCCGGCGGCCCGCCCGAGCGCGAGGCGCGGGCCGCCGGACUGGACUCUUCGCCCAUCCUGGCGCCAGUAGAUAUGAAGAUAAUCUACAGAGGGGGCGCCAUCUUGAACGUCUGCAUGCACGCCGAGCGCUGGAUUCUGGAACUCAAGCAGGAAUUACUCACUGCAAUUCUAGACGUUGCUAACGAAAACCUGCUCGGUAAUUUAUAUCUGCGCCGCGUCGACACAGAAGCAGGCGGCGAACAGGCGCCUGCCGCCGCCUGCAUAUUCAGGAUGAACCUGUGCCUAUUUUUUCAGGGCCUGGACGUGCGUCUGCCGGGGCUGGCCGAGAUAGGACUGGACGAAGUUGUCGUAUGCCUAAACUACUUUUCUGACGAGCGCGACGGGCCCUGCGAUGGGGAACGCGGAUUCCAGUGCGAUAACGGGUACCAGUUCGGCUGGUGCGCGCAGGGGCUCAGCAUAGACGACCUGCGUAAGUCCAGGAACGCGCACCGGCGGCUGCUAACGUGCCUGCCGGCUAAGAGUCCGGCGCCGCCCUACCCCAGCGAGUUUAGGGCCGCGCCGGACUUUUUUUUGGGCGCCUGGUGCAGAAACUACGCAAAAUCGACGGGACAGGACUUUUUCAACCCGAUAAACCGCGUGCAUGGCACAAAAUUUCUAGUGACCAGUAACGGCAUGGGCCACACCGUUGAAUGGAUGCUAAACGAUCCUACGAUAUCUGUAUUUUCAGUCAUGAUGGCCGACCUGGCCUCCUUUUUUUAUAACUCCUGGUCCGCCUGCACCAUGAGCACCCACCCCAGGCCCAGCCCUCCGAGUAACCCCGCCCCGACUGGCCCCGCAGCCUCCGCCAGACGCCUGGAGGUCUCCUGCCACGUGAACGGGGGAAAAUUCAUCGUCUACACCGAUGUGGCCUCAGAAAGACGCCCCAGAAUCGAGUGCCUCUCCAACUUCGCCCUCGCGCUCACGCUGGACAGCGGAGCCUACACGCUUACCAGAUUUGACGUGGAGCGCUGCAGCCUCAACCGGGUCACCUACUACGCGGGCUCCCCGCUGACCACCUGCCUCUGCGACCAAAUCGACGUCUACCUCAAGGGGAGCUACCAGGCGCCCAAAAAUGGACCCACUAAAACUGAUCUCACCGCGGUCGUGCCCCCCUUCAACAUCAACCUCUACUCGAGGGACUUGGCCAUACUCGCGGCCGCGCUGGCCGCCGUCAACUCUGACACGACUCCUGACACGCGCCGCAAGAAUCGCACGCACUCCAAAACGCCCAGGGGGAGGCUCAAAAUCUCGAUCAAGCUGCAGGACAUCUCCUGCACCUUCCUGGACGACACUCGCGCCUCCGUAGUGCCCAUCAUGCGCCUCUCCCUCGCGGGAACGGGCGGCCUGUCCGCCACGGACAAAAACGGCACCGGGUGGGGCGCGUCCUACGUCUGCAACAACUGCUCGUGCAAGCUCGAGUACCUCAACGCCAAGGUCGGGGACUGGGAGCCCUUCAUCGAGCAGGCAGCGUUCGAGUUUGCCUUCCACUCGUCCGACACGCCCAUCGACCCGCCCAACAGGACGGACUGCGCCGCGCCGGGCGCCAAGUUCAACUCGCACUUUAUGCUCGCCGCCCUGCUGCCAGUCUGGAUCAACGUCACCCCGCACCUCUGCCAGCUGCUCCUCUGGCUGGGGCCUCUCCUCGGGGUGGAAAAGGGAGAGGGGGCGGAAAGGGAAGAGGGGGUGGAAAAAGAUGAGGGGAAGUGGGGGUACGUGGCCGGGAAGCACCACACCCACUACGCCUACUUCUGCCUCAAUCUCACGCCCCACUGCUACUACGCCCUGCUGCGCCGCCCCCCCGCGGCGCCGGGGGGCGUGCGCGCGGCGGGAGACGUGGGCAUACUGACGCUGAACCCCAGCAGCGAGUGCUUCCCCAUCGACCUCGUCGCUGGCGGGGGCGCUGGAAGCGGAGACGACAGGGCACACAUCCAGCUGGUCCCGGCGCCCCCAUUCGCGCUCGCGCGCAAUGUGCUGGAGCGCAUCUUCGGCGCAGACUACCCGCCCGAGUACGUGGAGCCCGUGCUCCGCGACCUAAUGGUCACGCGCUCGGUGGAAAAAACGGUGGACAACUUUCGCCAGCGCCCGCAAGGCUGCGGGGUGUACGACCCCUGCCCGCCCUGCCUGGGCCCCUUCCCGGCCGGAGUGCCCGCGAGCGUGGUCUCCCUGCUGCGCAACGGCAGCGUCCCGGUCAACUCUCCGCUCGUGGACGCGGUCUCCAUCUCCCGCGGCGCGCCCAACCAGUACCGCCUGGGGCCGCCGGACUUUUAUGCGUCCUUCCUCGAGGCGGUCGUGGGGGGGGGAGAAAAGGAGAGGCAGAGGGAGAGGGAGGGGGAGGGAGAAAAGGAAAGGGAGGGAGAGCUGAUUUGUCACAUACUGACACCACACGUGUCGCACAAGGUGCUCUUGAUUUGCUCCACCGUGCGCGUCUUCAACCGCUGCGGGCUGCCGCUGUACCUGCAGUUUUUGGACCGGCGCGGGCAGCCCUGGGAGCUGCCGCCCCUGGACAUAACGGCGCCCGUGUCCGUGCUGGAGCAGGGCGGCGACGACCUGGACGGCUCGUACUUUGACGUGGCGGGCACGGACGCAAGCAAGGACUUGCGCUCCAGCAAGGACAUGCGCUCCGGCACUGACCUUCUGCUGCUGGACGGGCACUUUGCAUCGGUCCCAUAUUGGGUCUUUUGGGGCCCGGCGCACGUUAACCUCAGGUUCCGGCCCGCCGCCGACCUGCUCGGCCGCGGCUGGUGCUCCAGCGUGGCGGGGGGUGCGCCCCCCUGCGUCGAGGACAGGGCGCCGGGGUGGUCGAAAGUCGUGGACACGCACGUGCACCAGGGCUCCAGGUGGCGGCAGUGCACGUGCGAAGGGUACAGGCUCUAUUUUCUGGCCAACAUUCGCUCCUCCAGGUCUGCCUUCCCCGGGGAGAAGGACUUGCGCGACGUCACCAUCAUGCCCGCGAUGACGGUCCUCAACGCCCUGCCCGUGGGCCUAGACCUCCGCUUCUCCGCCCACGGUGGCGUCACGGUGGAACCCGCGUCAGGGGGCACGUCAGGGUCCGGCUCGGGGCGCAGGCGGCGCGUCGGGCUGGCGCCCAGCGCCGAGACGCGCAGGGGCGUCUGCGCGUCCGCGGCGUUCAGCCUACAGACCCGCUCGCUGAUGCACCUGUACGUGCUCACGCCCGGCGAGUCGCUGCAACUGCAGCUCCGCAUCGCCGGCACCGAUUCCCAAUGGACACGCCAAAUUCCGACGGCCUUUCCGGCCGCGACCCCGGUCGAGGUCAGGUUCCCCGACGGCACGGCGCCGGUCGAGCUCGAGGUGGCGCGCUGCCCCGUCGCGGGGCUGGACAAAUUCGUCUAUCUCGUUGUCACUGCGCCGCUGUGGCUCGUGGACAAGACUGGAAUGGGCGUGCGGCCCGCGCGGGACGGGCAGUUCUACCCCACCGUGGGAGGUAUCACCUUCCUGCGCCCCUCCAAGUUUAACGAGCUGGAGCUCACGGUUCCCGCGCUGGGCGGCGGCCCCUCCGCCUCGGUGCGGUGCCAAAUUCCCGUUGCCGGGGGCUUCGGGCUGGCGCGGCUCUGCCGCGCCCAGCGCCGCGGGUCUCGCAGCGGCCGCGGCGGCGGCGCCACGAGCGCGGAGGGCGGCGCCCUCUGCCUGAACACGCACAAGAUUAUAUUUCCAAAGUUCCACGCGCACCUGCAGAGCCGUGUGGUUUCAGUGAUUCCCGAGUUUAUGGUUACCAACGACUCUGGCUGCGACUUGUUCGUGCGGGAGGGCGAGGGCUCUCCGCCCUUUCGCGUCGCCUACGGCGCGUCCGUGGCCCUGCCCUGGGGCCCGGUGCGCGAGCUCGUUGACAAGGAGGAGAUCGAGCUGGCCAGGCUGCAGUUUGCCGCGCUGCCCCACGGCGCGGAAAACAUUUCGCGGCUGCGCUGGUCCUCGCUCGUCUACCUGGCGGAGCAAUUCGCGGGCGUGACUUACAUGGGCGUCGAGAGCGGGGGCAGGAGGCCGGCGGUGUACAGCCUAAAGGUGAUUCCCAAGGCGGGGGUGAAGCACCUUUGCAUAAGCAGGCCCCGCGACAAGAACGAGGGGUUCGUGCUGACCAACAAGUCUUCCUACGUAAAGUGCGUCACCAUACGCACCUUCCACGCGGACGGGCCCUCGCCGCCGCCGCCGGCCCCGCCGGCCCGCGGCGAGGACGCGGCCGCGUGCCUGACGUUUUCCGCCAAGUUCGGGGAGGCGAUCCACAUUGGGUGGUCGCACCCCUUUGUCUACGCCACUAGGCAGUGCCAGCUGUUCCUCUGGCUGGACCGCAAGACGGUGGCGCCCAAGCACCCGUUGGUGCUGAAUUUGUCCAGCGCCGCGUUUCGCUUCCGGCAGAUGGAGGUGACCCUUCCGGAGGGCGGGCCCAUAAUGAUAACGGCGCAGCGCAUGGGGAGUUUUAUAUCGAUUUCUGUGAGCACGGCGGAGGGGGGUGCGGGCGCGGGGGCUGGCGCCGCCGCGGGGGGCGCGGGCUGCUGCCAGCUGACGGUCACGGUCCCGCAGGUGGGCGUGAGUUUGGUUUCGCACCAGUGUCGCGAGGAGCUGGUCUACGCGGAGCUCUCCAACCUGACGGGCGUGGUGUCGCUGAAGGGCGAGCACCAGAUUUUCGAGCUUCGCCUCUCAGAUAUUCAGGUGGACAUGCAGCUGGAGGGUAAGAACAGCGUGGUCCUCGCGAACAGGGGGUCGCAGGGGCAGAAGGAGCGCCGUUACUUUUUGCAGCUCUACGUCGAUCGCCCCUACGCGUCGCUGCAGGACAUUUAUCUGCGCAAGAUGUUUGUGGCGGUGGACGACCUGCAGCUGGAUAUAGGCGCCCAGAUAUGCGAGUCGCUUGUGGGGUUUUAUUACGAGUGCAUCCAGUCGCUGGGCGUGCCAAAGCGCGUGCGCAGCUGCGCCUAUGGGCAGGUGCCGGUGGGCGCGAGCUGCACGGAUGGGCAGACGCUGCUGGGGAGGCUUGCGUUUGGGAACAAGGCCACGCUGCUGGACGUGGAGAACUGGGUCCUCAUGGAGGCGCGGCGGCCCCAAAGCUCGAUCGAGCUGCUCUUCGACAAGCCCCUCUCGAUCUCGCUCGACUAUCUCUACAUUCAGAGCUGCACGGUCUUCGUGUGGUGCUGCUUCGAGCUCUCAAAGCUCUACAUGCUGGGCGACCUGCUCCGCAUCGGCCUGCGCAUCAUCUCUGCCUCCAACAACCUGGAGCUCAAGGGGGCGCCGGUGCAGUUUCCCCAGGAGUUCGCCAGUAACGUGCGCGCGACUGCGGUUUCCUUCUACGAGCAGCUUAAGGACAAGUACAUGCACUCGGCCAUAUCGUGCUUGGGCGGGCUGUUGGGCUACAGCUCCCUGGUCAAUAUCCCCAGGAUGCCGAUCACGCUCGGGCGCAACACUAUCGAGCUCGCGGCCGACGCCGUGGACAACGUCACCGCGGGGCUCGGCAAUAUACUCUCGGCCUUUACUUUCGACACGGAAUAUAUCAACAAAAUGCAAAAGGAGAGGAGCGGUAAAGCAGCUAGCAAUAUACGCGAGGGAUUCGCAAGCGCGGGAAAAUCAAUCGGCGAAGGGGUCCUUAGCCUAACUAAUAUACUCACCAAACCCAUAGAAGGUGCUCAAAAGUCUGGAGUUGGAGGAUUCUUCAAAGGCAUCGGUAUAGGAAUCGCCGGGUCCAUAGUCAAACCCAUCGAUCAUAUGCGACAGGCUGUGUCACACGUCAGCCGGGGAAUCAAGGCUGAUAUGGCCAAACCCGUGGGCGGUUAUAAGUGGAGGUGCAAAGUACGCAGAAAACCCAGGAUGCUCUGGGGGGAAUUUGGGAAACUCUGUGAAUAUAACGCGGAAGAUGCUGAUCUCAGGCAGGCGCUGGGCGCGCAGCUCUCCAAGAAUAUCAUGAAGUCCAUUGUCACCACGUGCAAUAGGUCGGAAAGAAAAGCAGUGACUACACUGCUGCUUUUCUAUCCAAACCAACUACUCCGCGUAUCGCUACCCGACGGAGAAAUGCCCUCCGUUAUAUGGAAAAUUGAUUACGCAGCCAUCGUCAAUACCAGGGCGUCCAACUACGGCGUACACGUAGAAACAAAAACAAAAACGCUACAAGUGCCGGCUCCCACCGUUGACAUGAUCUACAGGGUCUACAGGCAGGUGGAGGAUGCCAGGUCGCAGGCCACCUGCUUCGCUCCCAUAUCCAUAUAG